AUGAGUUUCAGGGACGACAAUGAAGAAGGAAGGGGAGAUUUAAGGAAACCAUUUUUACAUACUGGGAGUUGGUACCGUAUGAGCUCAAGACAAUCUAGCAUGUUGGGUUCUUCUCAGGCAAUUCGCGAUAGCUCUAUCUCUGUUGUUGCUUGUGUUUUGAUUGUCGCUUUGGGCCCCAUCCAAUUCGGUUUUACUUCUGGUUACUCUUCGCCAACUCAAGCUUCAAUAAUGAAGGAUCUUGGUCUUACAGUAUCCGAGUUCUCUUUAUUUGGUUCACUAUCAAAUGUGGGUGCUAUGGUUGGUGCUAUAUCUAGUGGUCAAAUUGCAGAGUAUAUCGGACGAAAAGGGUCUUUAAUGAUUGCUGCUAUUCCUAAUGUUAUUGGAUGGCUAGCUAUAUCUUUUGCCAAAGAUUCGUCUUUUCUAUAUAUGGGAAGGUUAUUGGAAGGUUUUGGUGUCGGAAUUAUCUCAUACACGGUGCCUGUAUAUAUAGCAGAGAUAGCACCUCAAAACUUGAGAGGGGCAUUGGGUUCGGUGAAUCAGCUCUCUGUGACGAUUGGAAUCAUGCUUGCUUAUCUGCUUGGAUUGUUUGUUGAAUGGAGAAUACUUGCAGUUUUAGGGAUAUUGCCAUGUACAAUUUUGAUACCAGGCCUGUUCUUCAUUCCAGAAUCUCCUAGGUGGCUGGCUAAAAUGGGCAUGACAGAAGAUUUUGAAUCUUCUUUGCAAGUUCUUCGGGGUUUUGAUACUGACAUUACUGUCGAAGUGAAUGAAAUCAAGAGAGCUGUAGCAUCAACAAGCAGAAGGACUACAAUCCGAUUUGCAGAACUCAAGAGGAAAAGAUAUUGGUUUCCUUUAAUGGUUGGAAUUGGAUUACUUAUACUGCAGCAGCUGAGUGGAAUUAAUGGUGUUCUAUUCUAUUCAAGUAACAUCUUUGCAACUGCUGGGGUUAAAGAUAGCAAUGUGGCCACAUUUGGGGUUGGUGCCAUUCAGGUGAUUGCAACUGGAGUAACAACAUGGUUGGCAGAUAGAGCAGGUCGCCGGCUUCUGCUUAUAGUCUCAGCUUCUGGGAUGACUAUCAGUCUCCUAAUUGUUGCUGUAUCAUUUUUUGUCAAGGGUUUUGCGCCGGAAGACUCUAGUUUGUAUAGCUUUUUGGGGAUCUUAUCAGUAGUUGGAGUUGUGGCCAUGGUAGUUGCCUUCUCUUUGGGAAUGGGACCCAUCCCUUGGAUUAUAAUGUCGGAGAUUCUUCCUGUCAACAUUAAGGGUCUUGCUGGAAGUAUAGCAACACUUGCCAAUUGGCUGACCUCCUUUCUGAUCACGAUGACUGCAAACUUGCUCUUGAAUUGGAGCACCGGAGGAACUUUUAUAAUUUACAUGGUUGUGAGUGCUUUCACUCUGGCAUUUGUGAGUCUGUGGGUUCCUGAGACGAGAGGAAGAACUUUGGAGGAAAUUCAAAGCUCCUUCAGAUGA